AGACUCAUCAUUAAAACCAAACAGCCUGUUACUCACGUGUCCAGUUGUCUUCUCUCAAUACUUAAAAUCGUAUUCCUUCUUUCAACCACCGAUACAAAAAGUUCUCCGACAGCAAUACGAAAUCGAAAGGCGGAGCAAUUAAACCAUGUCUCUUCUCCCUAUUCUCAUCGCUGCUUGUUCCUUCCUCUACCAUCUACCUUCUCCACUCGCCGUCGCCGCUGAAACAGAUCCGCCGACGGCUUAUUCUCUCCUCCAGAGCUACAACUUCCCUGUCGGAAUCCUUCCAAAAGGGGUUGUUGCUUAUGAUUUAGACACAUCAACAGGCAAAUUCCACGCGUAUUUCAAAGACUCCUGCAGCUUCUCGCUCGUGGGUUCUUACCAGCUGAACUACAAAUCGACGAUCAGCGGUUACAUCUCCGAGAACAAGCUCACGAAGCUGACUGGUAUCAAGGUGAAAGUUUUGUUCUUGUGGCUCAACAUCGUUGAGGUCAUCAGGAACGGAGAUGAGAUGGAGUUUUCCGUUGGGAUCACGUCGGCGAAUUUCGGGAUCAAGGAGUUCUUGGACUCGCCUCAGUGUGGGUGUGGCUUUGACUGCAAAAAAUCGAUUAAAGAGACGUUUGACACAAAUUUCCCUCUUGUUUCUUCGUCUUAAAAGAUGAUAUAGGACAUGAGUGAUGCCAUAUCAGUUGAGGAAUCAACUAAGGAGGAUUGUAACCGCAAGAAAAAGCUUGAGAAGGAUGCAGUUGAAAAUAAGGGGCAGUUGGAAAUGAGGAGGAGACAACUAGUAAAACUACUCAUCUUAAUAUUCAACUAUAAUGAUUAAAACAUGAUACACAUUAAAACAUGAUGCACAAUACAAAAAGAAAUAACAUAGUGGUACUAGUAUUAUAGUUGUACUAGUUUGUACAUAAUUGUACUAGUUUUUGAGUUAUACUGAUUUGUACAUAGUUGUAUUUCGGCAGUGAAAUCAAAAAAACUAGUCGUUCCACAUAAAAUUUAAAAUUACUUCAGU